AUGUACAGUUUUAUGGGAGGAGGUUUGUUCUGUGCUGGUGUAGGCAACAUCUUGCUUGUAGUUUCCACGGCAACAGAUUACUGGAUACAGUAUCGCCGUUCUGGCAGUUUUAUGCAUCAGGGCCUGUGGAGAUAUUGUGUGCCAGGAAAAUGCUAUCUGCACACUGACAGUGUCGCCUACUGGGAUGCCACCAGAGUAUUCAUGAUCCUCUCCUUCUUGGCAUGCUUCAUCGGCAUCAUUAUUGGUUUAAUGGCAUUCAUGCAAUACUCUUCCUUCACCAAAUUUGAUAGAACUUUUGUUGCAGGCAUGUUGUACUUUAUUUCAUGUUUAUUUGUGUUGCUAGCCAUGGCUAUUUAUACAGCUGUCACAGUAAACUAUUAUGGUAAGCGUUAUGGCAAUUGGCGCUUCUCCUGGUCCUAUAUCAUUGGAUGGGUGGCUGUGGUCCUCACUUUCUUUGCAGGUAUCUUCUACAUGUGUGCCUAUCGUUUCCAUGAGAGUCCACAAAACUCAAAUCCUCGCUAG